AUGGAGGGUAAAACACCAACCUCGAUAUUCACUGACCAGGACCAAACAAUGUCAAAUGCAAUUGAAAUUCUACAUUUACCAUCAGUUUCAAGAAUACCAGAAAAGUAUGUUACAAAAAGAUGGACUAAGUUUGCAAAAUCAGAGGCAUGGAAUAGGUUGAAGAAUCAAGAUCCCACACAACCAUAUAUACCAUGGAGGCAAACAAUGAUGAGAAAAUACUAUAAUUUAAUCUUAAAAAGUCAAGAAAAUGAAGAGACAAGAGCAUUUAUGGAAGAAAGCUUCAGAAAUAGCCUAAAAAUGGUGGAAGAGUUUCUUGCUAAUGCUGCUCUGAGAGAAGAAGGUGCUGAAGAUGCUUCUGACAUUCCUGAUGUGGCAGAGAGAACUCUAAGCAAUAAUGAUGUUUCUUCAUCAUCCAGUACAAGUACAAGUGUACCAACUAUACUUGAUCUUAAAAGUGUUGUAACAAAAGAAAGAAGCAAGAGAGCAAAAGGAGGGCUUGAAAAGGGGAAAAAAAAAAAAGAAACUAGCACUGCUACCUCCAAAUUCAUAAUUUGGAUCAAAGACACCUAA